ACCAGGCGCUGGACAACAGCCCGCUGCAGUACUGUGGAACUCACUGCGUCUGGAAGUAAAAGAGUGCAAAUCUCUCACGCCGUUCACAAGCGCCGCCAGGACUGGCUUUCUGUGAAAAUUCAACCAUGAGGUACACAUUCAAAGCGGAUGACUGCAUGGUCAUCACGAUCCCUCUCGGCAGCAUCAGGAACGCCAGAGAGGGACAGCUCAUGCCCGACAAAUUCACCUGCAGGUUCAAGGACACCUACAAAGUGUUUCAGCAGGGUUACCCCAAAGCAUUCGGGGCGGCUCAGAUCAUCACCGCGGUCUUUAUCCUGUGUUUGGGAGGAAUCGUUCUCAAAUCGAAUGACGGUCCACAUAAUACUGUCUUUGUUCUUCCCAGCAUCCUGUAUAUAGUGUGUGGCACUCUGGCGAUCGCCGCCGGACACACUCCGUUGAUGCCUGUGAUGAAAGGGUCGUUUGUCUUCAACAUCAUGGGCCUUUGCUUUGCGGUUAUCACAGUUACCAUGUGUCUGAUCAUCUCUCCACCGUGCUGGAAUAACACUAAGAAUGAGAUGUGUUACGGACUGAGAGUGGUGAUCCUCGGGUUGUACGCGUUUGAGUUUCUCCUCUCAGCGAUCCUGAUCUACUGGGAAAGUAAAGCCGUGUGCCGAGCUCAUUUCAACAGCCUGCCCAUGAUCACACUGAAGCAGGACAUGUGAGCUGCGACGGACUGAAACUGGAUGAUGACUUCAUAAGGCAAAUGUUUAGUGAACUUUGACAUCAGAUAAGCUUUGCCGCGUCUUUUGAACAACUCAUCAUUUACCGGCAUCCGAGUUUCAGCGAAUAAGUAUAACGUAACGAGGCUUUUGCACUUGCUUUCACUUGUGUCUUUGAGGAACGGCUUGUUAAUACCCUGUUGUGUUUGAUUUAACAUUUUGUGAAGUAAAAAUCUUGUAUAUAUUUUAAAAAUGUUGUACAUAUUAAUUCAAGUGUGAACUAUGAUAAAGAAAGAAUUGCAAAGACAAUAAAUAUGACUCAUUUCAACAUUUUUAAA